AAAAAAAUCAACGGCAAGCUCAAAAUUCAACACUCUCUCUCUCUCUUUCUCUCUCUCUCUCAGGUACACAGCCAUGGCCUUGACGAUCUCUCAGUCUCAGCUCUCGUGCUUCUCCGCACUCAACCGCACUGUGAGGCUACAGAGGCUUUCAUUUCCAAGCCCUUCACUCCGCUCCAAGUUUAUAGUUUGUAUGAGCCUUGAAGGGCAUGGGACAGAUGCUACCAGUUCUGAGAUUAAGACUACUCUAAGUUAUACAGCUGAUGCAUCGAAAUUGCAUGUUGAAGGGACAUCAAAGUCAUAUCCAGAUAUAGAAGAAGAUGUUACUGGAAAUUUGGGAUCAAGUGAGCCAAUGCAAGAAAAUGGUGUUAUUCAACAAAAAAGGGCAGCGAAAAUCCAUGAUUUUUGUUUUGGCAUCCCAUAUGGUGGACUGGUUUUAAGUGGUGGACUUCUUGGUUUUGUUUUCUCAAGAAAUCUUGCAACUCUGAGCACUGGUGUGCUCUUUGGAGGUGCUUUGCUAGCUCUCAGCACGUUUAGCUUAAAGAUCUGGAGGCAAGGAAAAUCCAGUUUGCCCUUCAUUCUAGGACAAGCAGCACUCUCAGCGGCACUUCUUUGGAAGAACUUUCAGAGCUACUCAUUGACAAAGAAAGUAUUUCCAACAGGUUUUUACGCUGCUAUUAGUGCUGCAAUGCUCUGCUUCUACUCAUAUGUGCUGAUCUCGGGAGGGAACCCACCACCAAAGAAAUUGAAGUCAUCUCCAAGUUUUGCAUCAUGAUGAGAACACCUAAGGUAUGAUUAUUAGAUAUGGAAGGUUAGGAUUUUGUUUGAUUUAAUGUUGUAUUGUGAAUUCAAUGGGGGUUAUUAUAGAUGAAUAAUGUUGAACAUGCUUAUUUUUAUUCGAUUACUAAUUUGAUAGAAUUAUGUAAUUUGUGUAUGGUCCCUAGUCAUAUACAUCUUGUAUACUUGUGUGACUCGGUUAUUGUUAUUGGGUGUCAAUUCUUGUUAUUAAUAAAACCUUAUUACUUAUGAAAAAUAAA